CAUCAACAUCAACACCAUGCAAUUGUAAAGGCUGCAACCACCAUCACGACUCUGCGAAUUGUACGGCUAAUAUCCAAUCAUAGAGAAGAUGCCGUCAAGUUUGAUUGAGCGUGGUCACGAUGGCCCAGUCACGAAGAGGCAGAGGCUCAAUGGGGCUGAUGCGCCGCGAGCCACAAGACGAGAAUCGAAGCUUUUCUCGCCCUUCAGGACUAUCGGAUUGGUAUCUUCGACUUCAGUGCCCUUCACAUCCGUCGCCCUUGGCCAGAAGACUUUUCAAAUCACUACCUCCGUAGGCAGAUGUCUACAGACCUACGAUCUCAAGCGCGGCCUCGGCCUGCUAUUCCUUACUCGACCGCAAACCCCAGCAGAUAUUACUGCGACAUUGGCAAGCAAGGAUGUAGUGUUCGCAGCAUUUGGAGGCGUAGAUUCAUCGCCGGGAUUCUGGGUCUUCAAGCGGGGGAAGAAGAUAGCAGAGUUAGAGGUUCCCACAGACGUCAAGGAACCUAUCAAACAGAUUUUGACCUUCGGUACAUGGAUUAUAGGAUGUUGUACGACGAGGAUUGAAGUCUGGAAGUCGGCUACAUAUGAACACUAUACCACCUUAUACCCAACGGCAGCACCAAAAGGCGGGAACGAGCUGACAGGCGGAGUCACGAAUAUGCCCACAUACUUGAAUAAGAUAUUUGCAGGGAGGAAAGAUGGAGGGGUUGAGAUUUGGAACGUCAGUUCUGGAAGAUUGAUCUUCACGAUUAUGCCACCUGCUGCGAAUUGUGGCUCAGUUACUGUGCUUCAGCCUACUCCGGCUUUGUCUCUACUGGCAAUCGCAUAUUCAGAAGGACCUCUGAUCAUCCACGAUAUUCGCGCCGACAAGACUGUGAUACAGCUCGAUGGAGGACAUUUGCCAAUAACUUCAAUCUCAUUCCGGACUGACGACUUGGGUGCUGGUGAAGAUGGACGAAAGGCAGGAGUUAUGGCUACAGCUGGUCCAGAUACAGGCGAUGUGACAUUCUGGGAUCUGAACAAUGGCGGAAGGGUCAUGGGAAUACUUAGAGGAGCCCAUAAUCCACCAUCAGAUGCUGGAGCGACUGUUGGAGGUGGCGUGAGCAAGGUCGAAUUUCUUUGGGGUCAACAAGUGGUUGUGACAAGUGGACUGGACAACUCUCUGAAAACUUGGAUAUUCGACGAGUCGCCAUUUUCUCCCAUUCCUCGGAUCCUUCAUUCAAGGAGCGGGCAUGCAGCUCCUGUCACGAAACUUCUUUUCCUCCCUUCCGAUUUCGAUGGUGCGGAUAGUGGAGGAAAGUGGCUACUGAGUGCUGGGAAGGAUCGAAGUCUGUGGGGCUGGAGUUUACGAAAGGAUGCACAGAGUACAGAGCUCAGCCAGGGCGCUAUUCGGAAGAAGGCCAAAAAGCUGGGUUUACUUGCUAGUACACUGACAAAUCAAUCAAGCUCUUUGGAGGAUCUCAAAGCGCCUGAGAUUACAUGCGUGGCCAUGUCCUUGAAUCGCGAUGGCGGAUUCGGUGCCAAUGCUGGAAAUGGUGCUAUUUGGCAGAAAGGAAUCAACAGAGAUAGGAAGCCUACAGAUGCUACAUCAAGUGGAAUGACUGGAUGGGAAAGCGUGGUGACAGGCCAUCGACAAGACUCUGCUGCCCGCACAUGGUUCUGGGGACGAAAGAGGGCAGGACGCUGGGCAUUGGAAACUGGUGAUGGUGGAUAUGUCAGCAGUGUUGCCAUGAGUCCUUGUGGUACUUUUGCGGUUGUCGGAUCAGAGAACGGUGGUAUUGAUACGUUUAACUUGCAAUCUGGACAACAUCGACAAAGGUAUCCAUGCAAGCUGACGAAAGUCCAAGCAAAGAAAAUCAAGCUUCAAUUGCAGCUGGAAGCAGAAGGGGCUGCACCACCACCAAAAGCUGGCACAUUCCAGCUUGGACUUGGCAAACACAGAAAGGCAGUCACCGGACUGGUCGUGGAUUCUCUGAACAAGAACGUCAUCAGUUGCUCGCUUGAUGGUAAAGUCAAGUUUUGGGAAUUUGGAAGUGGAAAGCUCGUUGAUGAGAUAGACUGGUAUCCCCAAGUUGGCCUCACUGGCAUCAAAUACCACUCGCCAAAUGAUCUAGUCGCACUAUCAUGCGAAGACCUCUCUAUCAGGGUUGUCGACCUGGCCACAAAGAAGACCAUCAGAGAACUCCGCGGAUGUCAAGGCGCCAUCAACGACUUCUGCUUCUCCAACGACGGUCGAUGGAUAAUCGCCGCCUCAAAAGACUGCGUCUUCCGAGUCUGGGAUCUCCCCACCGGUCAUCUCAUCGACGCCAUUCGCAUGGAAACUCAAUGCACAGCUCUAUCUUUCUCUGCAACUGGCGAAUUCCUAGCCACAACUUGUGAAGGCCAAGUCGGCGUCAACAUCUGGAACAACAUCACACUCUUCAAACACGUCCCCACACGCCACAUCUCAGAAAGCGAAAUCGCAACCAUAUCCGGCCCAACCGUCUCCGGCGAAAACGGUCAAGGUCUGCUCUCCGGCGCCUUCGAAGACGAGUCUUCUGAGCCUGAAGACUCUCCUCCCGUUCCGUCCCUAGACCAGCUAAGCGAAGACAUCAUGUCACUCAGUUUGGUACCAAAAAGCAACUGGAUGACUCUCCUCCACCUCGACCAAAUCAAAGAGCGCAACAAACCAAAAGAAGCGCCCAAACUCCCCGAAAAGGCACCCUUCUUCCUCCCAGCCCUUGAUAACGCUAUGCCUGUGUCGAGAGUCGACGAAGAGUCCGCUGCUACCACAGCGGCCGAACGCUCAAGGAUCAUGAAGAUGGGUAGACAAGCUACAGAAGGAGCUUUUACCAUUACGCUGCGUGCCGGUAGCGAGUCAGGCGACUACACACCCUUCAUCACGCACCUCAAAACCCUCUCCCCCUCCACCGCCGACCUCGAGAUCCGCUCCCUCUCCCCGGACCCCACGCACAACGAACAACUGCACUUCGUCCGCGCGCUAACCAGCCGUCUCAAAUCCAACCGCGACUUCGACGUCGUGCAGGCCUGGAUGGCGGUCUUUCUAAGACUACAUGUUGAGAACCUGAUGCUGAGUGAGGAGUUGAGGGGGGCGGUCAAGGAGUGGAGGGAGGUGGCGGAGAGGGUGAAGGUUGCGGCGUUGGCGGGGUAUAGUAGUGGUGUUUUUGCGUUUUUGAGGAGUGCGAGGUAGAUGGUUGGGAUGAGUUGGAUGACGAGCCAGAAGUAGAAGAGACGAUGAUUGAGAAGAAAAUUUCACAACUAUUGGAAUUCUCCCUUCGCAAUCAACGGGAGCCUUCUUUCAAUAUCCACCUCCAUGUGACAAGAAGCGUACUAGCAAAGCUCAUCCUGCUUCAAUACUCAAUGAACAAAAGAAAGAACCGAAACCUACGACGUAGUAUCUUAUACCAUUGUAAUACGAACACUCUAGAAGGGCCAUCUGAGCCUCCUCAACAUCCGUCAACUUCUCCAUCCGAUCUAUCAAAGUCGUCUCGUAGCCCUCCGGACCCGCCAUAAACAAAAGGCUGAUUUCGAAGAAUCGCGGAUAAAACCCAGCUGAGGCCCAGUCUAAGAGACACACAGUGUCAUCCUUCAUCCAGACAAUGUUCCGAAGAGCAAGAUCCAAGUGGCACAAGACCAAGGGAAACCGUCCCAGUUCGAGCUUAGAUUCAUCGCCUUUCAGCCUGAAAUUCAACCACCGCUCCAUCUCUUGCACACUCUCAAAUAUCGGCUUUCCAUUCUCCUCCCAAAGCAACCCGAACGAUACACCUGGUUUUAGCAGCGGCCCAGGGCGCUGGCAUUGCACAGUCGAGAAGUAUGUAAGAAUCUUCACAAGCUGAUCAAUCUGUUUGCUAGUCACAGACACCGAGUCUGUGAUAUCCCCAUGAAUGUACUCCAUGACGAGAUAUCCUUUGGUGUAGCCCCUGUCGGUGCUGGUGAAGAAGUCAACAACGCGUGGAACGCGCACGAUGCUGUUAUCCAGGAGCGAGAAUGCUGCUCUCUGGUUAUCUGCCUCCGCAACUGAUACGCCGGGGCCGAACUUGACGACUAAUUCUUCUGAUAAUUUUAUCACGAGAUCUCCAUACGUCAAUCCACCGAUGAUCUGCCGGUCUGGAUGGUGACAUCUUUGGAUGAUAUCUGAGUGGCUCAGGCUGGAGUUUGGAAGAGUCAUGUUUGGUGUGUUCGUCGUAGAAAUGAUGGUUUCCUGGCAGCAAAGUUCAGAAAAGGAGGUGGGUUCCACUGCAUAUGCAUAGCUCGCGUGUGUGGUUGGUUGGAAACGAACACCCGUUUGUUGGCGUUUUGCAAAGAGGAAAGCUAAUGACUACACUGUUUAAAAAAAAUCAAUUCCGUGCCUUUUGA